UUACUCUGCUAAGGAGCGUGCACGGAGCACUACCAGAUGUCGAAUCCCAUGUUCAGUGAAGACGAUUCUGAACGGAUCUUAGCUGAUGUGGGUACUUCCGCGGAUUUUCUGCAAAUACCGGCUAGCGAGGUAAAGAAACGCAAACUGGAGCGGGAAGUGCGAAGAUUGACAUCAUAUGACUUGCAUUCAGUGACUCUAGCGGAAUAUUACCGCACCAAGAAAAUACCCCGGGGAUUACGGGUAUCGUUGAGACCUACAUUAUUUUCUGAUAUACCAAGUUAUUGCGAUAAAUUUGAACAGAUAUUGAAUAAGUGUUCAAUGGACAUUAUUCUCCUUACCAUUGAGCAACUACAAGAAACUACAGCCACGAUCAAAAGUGAAAUCUCUACGAUAGAGCAACAAUUGAAAGAUACAUUAAAAACUGAAGAUUUUGCGAAUCUGAAGGAAUCCCUCACCACACAGAUUGAUACCUAUCGUAAGGAGUUGGAGCAAAGGAAACGUAAGAAAUAUUUAAGAGAUACAGAGGAUUACCUGCAGAACAAGGUGUACAGAUGGAGGGAUGCAUCUUUCAGAGGUUUUUACAGACCGCAACAAGGAGGAGAUUACAGAUCUUCCAGUUCUGGCAGCGAUUAUCCAACCUCUUCAUAUCGUGGUUCGCGUCCAAAUUUUCGGCGACGCCCCCGGCGAGGAAGAGCAGACGCGGGGGGCGAAAUCAUAGGAGAACCGACAAGCAGCGUCAUGACACGAGCUCAGAUACAUAGUAUACUCACAUAGGUACGGGACUUGCGGAAGUCUGACAGAUUACCCACGUGUACUUCAGUCUUUUAUGUUUUGGUUUUU